UCCUGUAAACAUCACUUAGCACGUUUUAUUUGUAGGCCUUGUGCGAUUUUUAAAGGUGUAGUCACCACUGCUAUUAUUCUCUGAUCAUAUAAGGUCAUACGAAGAAAUCCAGUGGUUUCAGUCUGAUCGUUACCGCAACAUGUAGAAUAUGUGCGCAAGCACCACCCUGGUGUUGCUGAUAAAAUGUUGCUUGGUGCUCUUGCACCAUUUAAUUCAACAUCAGCACUUCGCGUGUGUCAGUGAGGAAACUAGGAACCACACAGACAGCUCCUGGAAAGCGCGUUGGAAGCUGAAAACCUGGAGGAGUUACGCGGGAAGAAGUUUUACAUUGCGUUUUAUUCAAAUCUGUGGGGAAUAGGUGUGUGUUACUGAAAAGCUUAACUUCCUGGAGUCGCAGGUGAAAACUGUCCCUGUGUGUCUCACCAUCGAGCGCCAACAUGGGAAACUUCUCCAGCAAAGAUGGUCAUACACCUCCCGGCCCUCCGCUGGAUAGUUUCCAUACGCCGCCUACCUCUCCCACCUCUCCUCCACCUGCCUGCGCCUCCAGCCCUCUUCACGCGGCUCAGCGUCCACGCCAAGGCUCCUCACCAGAGGUCAAGAGCCAUCCGGCACAGAAGGACACCAAGGACAUCCCAACGGUGACCCCUGCAACCGGGGGAAACCUCAAUUCUGCAGGCUCCCUCACUAGCAGCCAAGAGUGGUCCGUGAUUAGCUCAGGAUCCUGUCCGUCACCUGUCAAAGCGGUACCCCAGCCUAUCAAAAAGGAGCCUUUUGCAUGGGGCGGGCUCAAGCCUUCGCCUUCCAGUGGUGGUGGUAGUGGUAGUAGCAGUAGUAGUAGAACUAUUCCUUUGUCUUUGGGAGGGACUACUAGUUCACCUGUGAAGCAUGCAGCGGAGAGCACGUUCCAGGAGAAGGACAGUGGACUUGGUAGUGGGCCGACUAGCCCUUGCAUAGAGGACAGUCUUCUGGAAGAGUGCCGGAAUGCACUUGGGCUCACGACGUCUGGUGAACCAACCCCUAGCCUGACUGAUCUACUGCGUGGCCUUCUAACUGAAAGAGAGCAGCUGGUGGAGGAGGUGCGAAGCCUGAGAGAGAGCAUUCAGACGGAACGUGGUGAGUGGCAGCAGUUCCAGGCUGAUCUGCAGGUGGCUGUUGCCGUGGCCGACCGGCUACGUGCUGAGGCGGAGGAGGAACUGAGCGCCCUCCGAGAGGAGCAGCAGGACUGGCAGCAGCGGCUGGACGACGCCCAGAGGGCACAGAAGGAGGCAGAGGGUCGUCUGGAACCCCUCCAGGCCCAGCUCGCAGAGGAAAGUAAGCAGAGACACACCACUGGUACCACAACCCAGCACCAAACCCAGAACCAGACCUCUCACCAGGGCCUCAUAAGACAAAGUCCGCGUGGUUCCCCUACCAGAGUAGCACAGGAGCAGACACAGACACAGACACGGACGCAGCCUGAGACACAGCAGGCCUUCUCCAGGGGGCGGGAGAGGAGCACCAGUGGCAAGGGGGUAGCAGAGUGCUACCUGAGGAGCCUGGCAGCCGGGGAGAGGAGGAGGGAGGAGCCCCGCAGGAGCCUCACCACUGAGAGAUCCAGGAGCCUCUCAAGACUUCCCGUUUCCAAUGACACCUCCCCAGUAUUGCUAAAUGGUACUUCCCAAACCACAACCUCAUCUGCCUCCAGCAGUAAAGGCACGUCAGACACCAGGGGAAGGCGGGGUCAGGACAAACAGGAGAACUUGAACAAUAAUCAUUCAGGCAAACAAGAGGAAUCGGACCGCCUGCCUAUUCCUGACCUCACAGAUUCUUUCCCUGUCACUACUAGUAAAAGCAGUCUCAGCAGGCCUCAGGAUGACUUCAAUCGUCUGCUGCGUCGCCAUGGAGGCUCCAAGAGGAACUCACUGCUACGCUGGUGUCAGAGUCGCACCCAGGGCUACAAGAAUAUUGACAUCACCAACUUCAGCAGCAGCUGGUCGGAUGGCCUGGCGUUCUGUGCCGUGUACCACACCUACCUCCCGUCGCACAUUCCAUACACGAGCCUCAGCCCCGACGGCAAGAGGGAGAACCUCACCCUCGCAUUCCAGACCGGGGAGGGUGUUGGAAUCACAGCCUCACUUACCGUGGACGAAAUGUUACGAGCUGAAGGGCCUGACUGGCAAAGGGUUCUGGGAUAUGUGGAGAGCAUAUACAGACACUUUGAAAUGUGAAGCCCCAGGACUGGACUGGGCUGGACCGGAACGGAACGGAUGUCUCCAUCCCGGGAUAGCAAGAUGGAUGGGAAUGCAUGGCAGCCAGAAGGACCAGGUGUAUUUGAGGCUUCCCCCCUCUCUCUGUACAUUUCCUUAUUACUGAUCAGGAGAACUACUGAGGCAUGGAUUACACAUGAUGAGUCAGGACUUGACGGACAGGACUGUGUGUGGAGUGGACGCAGCAGGACUUUUUUGGCUUGGAUCGCCCCCUGUUGGACUUAUAAUGAAACUGCAUGAGAGGAUGAAGGCCCUAUACGGAUACACUACAGUGUUUUGGACGAUGCUACUUAAACUACAUGAGUGUUGGACACAAGAAGGUCGAAGGGGUUUGAUUCAGCCGAGUGACUUCCUUUUUUUAUUUUAAAUCUUGUUAAGGAUGAGAAGAGGAGGAUAUUAUGCAGCUGCUUUAACUCGCUUGUGUUUGGUUUGUGAUGAACUGUGGUAAAUACUGUCAAUGUUUUUGUGACUUUUGUGACUGUUUUUGAAAAUAAUACCAAUUUGUGCUGUGAUAAAGAAACACUCUGUAAAUAUGCACUUUUUUAGAUGCACUUUGUAAUGUGCCUGUACGAGCUAUACCUCGAAGAUGGAGCUCCAAUGACAGACAGGAGGGACACCUGUUCAUUCAGGCUUAUUUAAAUGGCUGAUCACUGAAGACCGCAAACUGUGCCUAUACAGCUCAUGCCAGACAGCACUGGCAUGCAUGAUGUGGUUCUAAACCUUGGCCUUCCUUCCCUAAAUCUGAACAGGCCCCUCUCUGUGUCUGUGGAUGAGUCCACCGUUGGGAAUUUAAAUGUAAUUGCAGCCAUUAACGAAGGCUACUUUGCCAAAGACUCUGAGAAAUGAAUAAAUGAAUAAAUAAAACCAUUUAUUUUGAGCCUCA